AUGCACGAGACGGGCGCCUACCUCAUCAGCAACGGCACCCUCCUCGUGCUGUGGCUCGGCCGCAGCGCAGACCCCGGAUGGGUCGCACAGGUGCUGGGUCCCGAGGGCGCCAACCCCAGCGCUGAUGUCAGCGCCCUGCCCCUGGAGCCCCCCCGCCAGGGCAGCGCGCUGUCGCAGCGGCUCUGCGCCCUGCUGGCCGAGCUGCGGCGCGGCCGGCCGGCGAUGCAGCCCGCGUUUGCGGUGCGGCAGGGCACGCCGGCGGAGGCGGUGGCGGUGCCGCUGCUGGUGGAGGACCGGGCGGCGGGGCAGAUGUCGUACACGGACUUUUUGCUCGCCGUGCUGAAGCAGGUGCUGACCAAGUAG